AUGAGCCUAGCGGUACUGUAUCGGCUGGAGGUCCUACGAGUGCCUCAUCACGGCGGGAGCCUCACUCUCCACUACAGCUGCGCGAGUGGUUUGCUCGGCGCACCCGCCUUCGGAGUGGCGCUGCUGGAGCUGGGGGGCCUGCAGCUGGAGGCACUGCAGUUAAUCGCGCUAGAGCUACUAAACCUAGAGGCGCUGGCGGUCCUGCUGGAGCUGGAGGUACGAGGGGUGCUGGAGCUGCUGGUCCUGGAGGAGCUUGUGCUGGAGGUACUAGAGCUGCCGAAGUUGGUGGUGCUGCUAGUGCUAGAGGUGCUGGAGCUGCUGGAGCUGCUGGUCCUGGAGGUGCUCGUGCUAGAGGUACUGGAGCUGCCGGUGCUUGUGGUGCUGCUGGCGCUGGAGGUGCUGGAGGUGAUGGAGCUGCUGGUCCUGGAGGUGCUCGUGCUGAAGGUACUGGAGCUGCCGGAGCUGGUGGUGGUGCUGCUGCUGGAGGUGCUGGUGGUGCUGGAGGUGCUAGAGGUGCUGGUCCCCAAGGUGCUCGUACUGGAGGUCUUGGAGCUGCUGGAGCUGGUGGUGCUGCAGAAGCUGGAGCAGGAGACCUUGGAGCUUGAGGUGCUGGAGUUGUUGUCUGACUUAGUUCGUGCUGCUAGUCCUACUGUCACACAUCUUCUAGCCGCUGUUGACACUGACCCUUCGUUUGAGUCCACUGCUGCGUCAGCCCUUGUUGCUGAGCUUGUUGACUUUGCUGCCGCCUGUCGUCUUGACUAA